CGCACCCACCAUCCCCCUUGGCUCACCAUUAAGUAAACCGUACAUCUGAUAUCAAUGUGCCCUUCCUCUCUCCUUCACCUCCUCUGCAAAUCUUUAAUCCCAUUUCCUCCCGAAGCGAAGCCCUUGAAGAAGCAGAGGACAUGGAGUAUGAAGGUGGAGUGAUGCCACCCCCGGCUGAUAUGGCUUCCAACGGCACCGGCGGCAUGGAAAACCACAAGAUGACGAUGCACAUGACCUUCUUCUGGGGUAAGAACGCCGAGAUUCUCUUCUCCGGAUGGCCAGGUACCCGUACAGGCAUGUACGUGCUUUCCCUGAUUGUCGUUUUCGUGCUAGCGGUGCUGGUGGAGUGGCUCUCCCAUUCCCAUUUUAUCAAAUCGAGGAACAACAAUUUUGUGGCAGGGUUGUUGCAGACGCUCAUGCACGCCGUCCGUAUGGGACUCGCCUAUCUGGUUAUGCUUGCUGUCAUGUCCUUCAAUCUGGGUGUCUUCAUAGCCGCCGUCGCCGGUCAUGCCCUCGGCUUCUUGCUCUUCGCCAGCAGAGUCUUUAGACCCAACCAGAUCCCUUCGUAUGAGAAACCCGAUCUUCCUCCUAUGAGCUGCUAAUUAGAUAGAUGGUAACCACUCUCCCAAAACCCCAAGAUAGCCAGCAGAAAAGAAUCUUCCCCUAUUUGUCUGAAACUGGUUUUUAAGAUUUUAGUACUUUUUUAUUGUUUCAGAUCGAUAGAUUUGUUUGUAUUAAAAUCUGAAUACUGCAAAUUAGUUUAUUUACGAAAUUAGCAUAGGUUUGCAAUAGAUUUGUUACUGGAUCA